AUGGAUAAAGCUCUUUUAGCUCUUUCUUUAAAAGAUGAUGAAGAUACACCUUUCAAUCUUCCAGACCUUCCUCAGUUUUAUGCUUCAGAAAGGAAUGCAUGCAGCAUUAUUGGCCGUCUUCUCAACCCUGAAUUUCAAAACAUGGCCAACCUUAUUCUCGAUAUGCCGAGGAAAUGGCAAAAAGUGAAUCGGGUGAGAGGAAUUGCUCUUACAAAGGAAAGAUUCCAGUUCAUCUUCUCUCAUGACCAUGACCUUCAAGACGUUCUGGACAAAGGCAUGCAAACCUAUAAUGAUUGGGGUUUGGCUUUAGAAAGAUGGGUAGCAAGGCCUCCGAAUGGAUAUCUCCAGUUUGUCUCAAUCUGGGUUAGGAUCAGCAACAUCCCAGUCAAUCACUACACGGUUCCUGCAAUAACAGAACUCGGAGAGCUGAUCGGACAUGUGGAGCUUGUAGCUUUCGAUCCUGAAAAAUCUCAGCGGCAGGAUUACGUUCGAGUCAAGAUACGCAUCGAUGUCUCCAAAUCUCUUAAGAAAUCAAGAACUCUGAAUCUUCCUGGAGGAGAUCAAACGACUAUCUUCUACUUUUAUGAAAAAGUCCAGAAAAGGUGUACUUAUUGUCAGAGACUCACACAUGCAAAACCAAGAUGUCCUUUUCUCAUCAAUAAUCCAGACAUGCAACAGGCUUCAGCAAGUAUUCAACAUCAUCCUCACUCUUCAAAGACUAAGCCUUUCUUAUCAGAGGACGAUCCUCUGUUUGGAGUUUUAAAGGAGGAUCAAGUGGGUUUUAACCCUAUCUCUGGGCGUCCUCGCAUCGAUCCUGAAGUUCUUCAAGAAAUGCGUAACUACCUUCUUGCUUCAAGUAAGGAAGAUAGACAUAUCAGAGAGCAAAGGGUUAUCUUCUCAGUCAAGGAAGCUGAACAAAAUCCUAUCUCUCAAAGGACGAUGUUACAACUGGUUCCGCCUCCGAUCAUCACAACAGACAUCAACAAAGGCAAAGGAAUUGUCUAUGAUUUUGAAAAAAAUCUUUUCAACUCCAAGACCGCAAGCUCUUCUCCUCAGAUUCCUAAAUUGAUGCAAUCGGCAAUCUCAGCAGGGCAGACUCUGGUUAACUCUACAACUAAUGUGUUCUGUCGGCUCUCAAUGACAAAUACUCCUAGCUCCUCCAAUCAGAAACAACUACCCUCGGUUCCUUUUGUUGAAUUCUCGAGUUCGACAACAGAAAAGGAAAAAGCCAAGAGGAAGCCGGGAAGGUACAAAAGGAUUCCAGCAUCGCAAAGGAAAAAUUCGAAGUCAGCAACAAAGAAUCAACACUCUACGACUGCUGAUCAUGGUCUUAAGAAGAAACGUAAGGCGGAAGAUGAUUUGGCCGGUGCAUCCAAGAUUGCUAAGCGCAUUGCAUCAGAGACGGUCCCAAUGGAGGGACCGUCCAAAGCUUAA